AUGGCCACGGAUAAAGGGACCAGCCCAAAGAACCUUUCAUUCAUCCUCGAAGGAAUAAAGAAGGUCAAGUUUGAAGACCGGCCAGUCCCAACAUUGAAGGAUGCCCAUGACGUCCUGGUGAAUGUGAAAUAUACUGGAAUCUGUGGAAGCGAUGUUCACUAUUGGGACCAUGGCUCCAUUGGACCAUUUGUGCUUACUGCGCCGAUGGUCCUAGGCCACGAGUCAAGCGGCAUAGUUGCUGAGAUUGGCUCUGCAGUCAAGUCUCUCAAAGUAGGUGACAAAGUUGCGCUGGAACCAGGAGUUUGCUGUCGACGAUGUGAGCCCUGUAAGAGCGGGAAGUACAAUCUAUGCGUUGAUAUGGCCUUUGCUGCCACUCCGCCAUAUGACGGGACGCUGGCAAAGUACUACGGAUUGCCAGAAGAUUUCUGCUACAAACUACCUGAUACCAUGGAUCUGAAAGAUGGCGCUUUGAUGGAGCCGUUGGGAGUUGCUAUACACAUCACUCGCCAGGCAGAGGUGAAGCCUGGUGAUACGGUGGUGGUUUUUGGCGCUGGACCCGUGGGCCUGUUGUGCUGUGCUGCUUCAAGGGCAUUUGGUGCAAUUAAGAUCAUUUCUGUCGAUAUCCAGCAGGAUAGACUGGAUUUUGCGAAGAAAUACGCUGCAACCGGGGUAUACCUACCUGGAAAGAUCUCGGCUGUAGAAAAUGCAGAGAAAAUAAGGUCAGAACAUGGCCUAGGACGUGGUGCAGACGUGGUCAUCGACGCUUCAGGCGCAGAGCAAUCUGUUCACACCGGUAUCCAUGUUUUGAGGCCUGGCGGCACGUAUGUCCAGGGUGGUAUGGGGCGGGACGAAAUCAGCUUCCCCAUAAUGGCGGCGUGCACAAAGGAAUUGAACAUGAAGGGCAGCUUCAGGUAUAACAGCGGAGAUUAUAAACUUGCAUUGGAAUUGGUUGGAUCUGGAAAGUUAAGUGUCAAGGAGCUGGUGACCAAAGUGGUGGCAUUCAAAGACGCAGAAGAGGCAUUCUUGGAGGUGAAGUCAGGAAAGGGUAUUAAAACCCUCAUUGACGGAGUGGAUAAUUGA